AUCUCACCAUUCCUCUCCAACUUUGCCGUUGAUGAAGUUAUGAAAAUAGCCCUGAUGGAUGUAUGUAACGGUGGUAUGGAUCUGUAGCCUGGAGAAAGACUCCUCGACCUUGGGUAUGCGGAUGAUAUUGUCUUACAGUACGACGAUAUCCAAGUUAUGAAAUUCGCAUUUAACUAGUUGGCAAUCACUGUCCUUAAGUAUGGUAUGUGCUUUCAACCUUCUAAGUGCAAAGCACUUUUACAAGACUGGCAGGACCCUGAUCCUGCACUCCUUGUGGGUAGUGAGCGGAUAGGAGUAAUCGAUAAAUUCGUGUAUCUGGAUAGCUGCAUAAGUGCUGGUGGUGAAGUGAGUGAUGAGACCAAUUCAUGUAAAGUAAAAGCCAGAGAUGCUUAUGUCAAUCUGAACCAUCUUUGUCACCUUCGUGAUGUUAGUGUAGCUGUACAAGGUGGAAUCUACAACGCGUCGGAAAGAACAGUUUUGCUCUAUGCUCAUGAAACCUGGUCUCUGCUAGUUGAGGAUGUUAGAUGAUUCUCUGUGUUUGAUCAUCGAUGUCUCCGAAGGAUUGCUGAUAU